GACUUGUCCGGUACGCGAAGUGGAGGAGCUUAGCUUUAGCUGUUCGGGCGCCUAGCAGAACAUACUUAUCUCUCGGGGGAGAACCUGAGGACUCCCGUCACCUUUCCGUUCUGUUACCUACCUUCGGCCAUUGGCAACCCCACUCCUGCCUAGGCCCUCCACCGCUGCGACCACGAAGACGAGGCUAUACCUACCAAGCUACCUACUAUCCUUACCUUCUACUAUGUCUGCCACCCCACCACGGCGCUCGGACACGAGAUCGAGCCUACGAGAUGUACGGAACAACAUACGAGGAGCGCGGAAGGCGCUGCACGACGAUUUUACGAAUCUCAAACGGAGGAUGAGUUCGAACAUCGGGUCGAGGGCGCAUUCGUCCGGCCAUUCUUCAGGGCCAGGGCCGGGAAAGAGAGCCAAGAUGAUGGUCUCGAAGACGGUGGAGAAGGUGCUGGGCAGGGCGUCGUCGACCAGUCCGAGGAGCUUUGAACCUAGGGUUAAUGCUCACGAACAGAGACCUUCGUGCACCGACUACCAUCCGCCCUACCCAACAAGCUCGCAACUACAACAACAACAAGAUCCGUCGAACGCCCAAUUGUCGGUAUUGGAUUCCCAGAUACAUGCCGGCCAGAGUAGCUAUCCUACCGAUCCUAUCGACUACUACGAGACGAACAAUACUAUCCAGCAAUACAAUGUGCAGCAACAACAGCAACUCGGUGAUUCUAUGUUUUCAACUCCCAUGCUGUUGGACAGCGCGCCGAUCGCAUCGCAUCCCGUGUCCGCCUUUGCAACCCACAAUAUCACCGUGCCCUAUAUAAACACCAACGUAGAGGCAUAUCCACCCAAUGACUGGAACGAACACGCCACGACAACAUCCAGAGCCCAUAUUCUAGGAAGUCCAUCCAUAACGCCUCCCCCACACCACGCCUACGUAGAAGGCCCCAUCCACGACUUGAAUCAACUCGAUCGCUCGGCCACGCUACGCGGGAUCCACGAGGAUCGCUACAAGAGAACAGUUUCCACCGUCAAUGAUCUGUCUGCUGCCGUUAUCAGCAGAGGCUCCCCAACCAAUGGACAGGUUGCUUCCCUGCCGGCGUCGCCCGAGACGGCAUCACCCGUGUCCGCGAAGGGUAAGGGACCAGCGUCCCCUCCAGGUCGCAACGGAUCGACCGCCAGUACUGGUGACAGCAAAAACCCGUGCCCGUGGCCCGGCUGCGAUGGCACCAGGGACACCAAUCUCUUUGAAUCCAAUCGUCUCAAGGAACACUUGCGUCGAAAGCAUCUAUGGCCAUACAUGUGCGAUUCCUGCGAAAUGCGCAAGGGGGAUAAACACCAGAUUAAACGACACAGGGAGAACAAACACCCGAAUGAGGACCCAAAGCAGUAUAAAGACCAGACCAACGAUGGUCUCGCUGCCAAGCAGCUGAAAAUGCUGAGCGAGCGCGCCAUCUCGUACGAGCGAAUCGUCAAGAUUUGUCAGGCGAAGAGCGUCGAGGAGCUCGAUGAGCCACGGGGAAGUGAUGGCCGCACCUAUCAAGGCCUCGCAGUCAGGCAAGAGACCAACAGUGUUCCGGUCUCUCCCACCUCUCUUCUCCCGCGCACCAGCAUCUACGGAGCCGGACUCGGAGCCGAACUCGGAGUCAGAGCCGGAGCCGGAGCCGGACCCAGCGCUCCUCCCAGCGCUCCUCCCAGCAUCACCUUCGCCGACAGCAUUCCGUCAGGAUAUCCUAGCGCCGCAGGCCUACUCCCGGCGGCCCGCAUCCCAGGCUACUGCGGCCCCAGGGUUGACACUAGUGAUCAGUUCAUGGAAUUCGUCAAUAAUGUUCUAGUCCCGCACGUUGAGAACCUCAAUUUCAGCGCCUCAUCCUCGCCCACACGAGCAUCAUGUAAAGAGCACCUACGACGGGUACUCGACAGCAUAGCCGCAUCGGCCGAGAAGGAACUGGACAAACGAGAGAGACGGCGUUCCAGCGGUGCUGUCUCCAACACACCCAGUUAUGGAUUCCCUUCGUACACGGAUAUGGUCACUUCGGGAGCGCAAAUCAGCGCACCUGCUACAGCCGGCGGCACUCCCGCCCUCACGAACGACAAGUCCCUGACGACGCGCAGCUCGUCGUACGGCAGUCUGAACCCUCCGCCCCUAGGAGGAUACACCCCACUAUACAUGCGCCCCAACAACAACGACAGCAACCAGAAACCGUUUGAGCAGCAGUGGCCGAUGCAACCGGUUCCUCAGCAGCAGCAGCAACAGCAACCACAGCAACAACAACAACAACCAACUCCCUCCCAGAUGCAGCAGCCGGAUGCGAACACUUUUGGUGGCAACGAUGGGUUGGAUACCGAGCAGUGGAUGAACUACAGCUACCUCACAUGCCUCCCAUGAUUUCUGGACUCCGGAACAACAUAACGUACCCCUGCAUAUACCCGUCACAAUAUUGCAUUCGCUUCCUUCCUUCCUUCCUUUCUUCCUUUCUUCCUUUCUUCCUUUCUUCCUUUCGAUUUCCGGCGGAGCGUGUCACGAUACCAAGGAUGUAGUCGGCUUUUUGGGGUUUCUUUUAUUUCUCCCUGUCAUCUGUCUUGUUUGGACUGGCGGGUUUUCUUUUCUUUUCUUCUU